CAAACAUACCUGCAGCACUGUGAUCGGAUUGUAGCCAUAUUGGCUCCAGGUUCCUCCGAAGCUUCCCCGUCCCAGUCGCAGCCGCCACUCAGCCAGCCAUGCUCUCCGUGGCACGCGCCACAUGCCGCGUCACGCGCUCCGCGUGCACGGUUCAGGGGCGUGCGUUCUCCGUCGCCGUUGACCCGAUCGUGGCGCGCGCUCGCGAGAUGCAGGCCACGCCGUACAACGAGGCCAAGGAGGGGAAGAUCGUCGCCCCAGCGUACGACGGCUGGGACGCCAAUCUUCAGGCGCAGGUCGAGAAGCUGACAACAGGGAAGAAGCAGCCGCGAGCCUACUCCGAGAUCUGUGACUCCGCGCUCGACCUGAUCGGUUUCACACCGAUGGUCCGCAUGUCGCGGCUCGCGAAGUUCUUCGACAUUGAGUGCGAGCUGCUCGCGAAGGUCGAGUUCUUCAACGCGGGUGGCUCCGUCAAGGACCGCAUCGGGAAGCGCAUGGUGGAGGAGGCGGAGAAGAGCGGGCGCAUCAAGCCGGGGGACACGCUGAUCGAGGCCACCAGCGGUAACACGGGCAUCGGCCUCUCGUUGACCGCGGCACUGAAAGGAUACAAGAUGAUCAUCUGUCUCCCGAAGAAGAUGUCCGGAGAGAAGGUCAACACAAUGAAGUGCCUCGGCGCCGAGAUUUUGCGCACGCCCACCGAGGCGGCUUGGGACGCCGAGGACUCUCACAUCUUCUUGUCGGCCCGAUUGGCGAAGGAGUUGAACGGCCACGUCCUCGACCAGUAUUUGAAUCCUGGUAACCCGCUCGCCCAUUACGAUGGCACGGGCGAGGAGAUCGUCGAACAGACGGGUGGCAAGCUCGACUACAUGAUCAUGUCCGCGGGCACGGGUGGCACGGUCUCGGGAACCGCGAAGAAGCUGAAGGAGAAGAUCCCAGGGGUCAAGAUCGUGGCGGUGGACCCGUACGGCAGCAUCUUGGCUGAGCCCGCCGAGAUGAACGAGGGUUCCGCCAGGACAGGGCAGAAGAAGUUGUCCGCUUACCAGGUGGAGGGUAUCGGCUACGACUUCAUCCCCACCGUGCUGGAUCGCACCGUCGCGGACUACUGGGUGAAGACGGACGACGACGAGGCGUUCGCAGCAAUGAGGGCCAUCAUUCGGCACGAGGGCCUCCUCAUCGGCAGCAGCUGCGGCUCGACGAUGGCGGGCGCGGUCCGCUUCAUCAAGGAGCAGAACAUCGGCGCGGGCAAGCGCGUCGCCGUGCUCUUCGCGGACUCCUCAAGGAACUACAUGAGCAAGAUGAUGGACGACGACUGGAUCAAGAAGACAGGCUUCGACCCGGAGAUCACGGUGAGAGCCGCGACGGAGAAGGGUUUCUACUUCAAGCAGUUCGGUUUCAAGACUUAAGUGCAGCGGCCACAGCCCACCUCAAUGGUUGCCUAUGCUGUUGAGGCGGCACGAACUGCGUUUGUGCAGCCGCAGCUGCGCUGCUUCUUUUUUCGCGUGCAGGGGUGACUCGAGACGUGAGUCAGGUGACUCUAGACGUGAGUCAGUUUUUCUGAUUUUGGCCAGCCAACAGGCUGUUGGAAGCAGGCAGGCGUUCGUCUGGUCCGGAAAAUUUCGCCGGCACAUCCAGAGCCUGUGCAAGCGUGCGAGUGGACCCAGAGCUUUCAGCCUAAGAUUGGCCACGCGCAGAGGGGGGC